GCGGCGGGGCCGGCGCCUCCGCUCUCCUCCAGCUCCUGCUUCAGCCUUUGCUCCCGCUGCGGCCGUGGCCCCCCUUGGCGCGGCUCUCCGCGCUGCGCGUCCGCUGAGCCCGCCGCUCCCCGGCCCAUGUACUGGAAGCAUGAGAACGCCGCCCCGGCGCUGCCCGAGGGCUGCCGGCUGCCGGCCGAGGGCGGCCCCGCCACCGACCAGGUGAUGGCCCAGCCAGGGUCCGGCUGCAAAGCGACCACCCGCUGCCUUGAAGGGACCGCGCCGCCCGCCAUGGCUCAGUCGGACGCUGAGGCCCUGGCAGGCCCUCUGGACAAGGACGAGGGUCGGGCCUCUCCCUGUACGCCCAGCACGCCAUCUGUCUGCUCACCGCCCUCUGCCGCCUCCUCCGUGCCGUCUGCCGGCAAGAACAUCUGCUCCAGCUGCGGCCUCGAGAUCCUGGACCGAUAUCUGCUCAAGGUCAACAACCUCAUCUGGCACGUGCGGUGCCUCGAGUGCUCCGUGUGUCGCACGUCGCUGAGGCAGCAGAACAGCUGCUACAUCAAGAACAAGGAAAUCUUCUGCAAGAUGGACUACUUCAGCCGAUUUGGGACCAAGUGCGCAAGGUGCGGCCGACAGAUCUACGCCAGCGACUGGGUCCGGCGGGCACGCGGCAAUGCCUACCACCUGGCCUGCUUCGCUUGCUUCUCGUGCAAGCGCCAGCUGUCCACGGGCGAGGAGUUUGGCCUGGUCGAGGAGAAGGUGCUCUGCCGCAUCCACUACGACACCAUGAUUGAGAAUCUCAAGCGGGCCGCCGAGAACGGGAACGGCCUUACGCUGGAGGGGGCAGUGCCCUCGGAACAGGACAGUCAGCCCAAGCCGGCCAAGCGCGCGCGGACGUCCUUCACCGCCGAGCAGUUGCAGGUUAUGCAGGCGCAGUUCGCGCAGGACAACAACCCCGACGCGCAGACGCUGCAGAAGCUUGCGGACAUGACGGGCCUCAGCCGAAGGGUCAUCCAGGUGUGGUUUCAAAACUGCCGGGCGCGUCAUAAAAAGCACACACCACAGCAUCCCGUGCCGCCCUCCGGGGCGCCGCCGUCCCGCCUCCCCUCCGCCCUGUCCGACGACAUCCACUACUCCCCGUUCAGCAGCCCCGAGCGGGCUCGCAUGGUCACCCUGCACGGCUACAUUGAGAGUCAGGUACAGUGUGGGCAGGUGCACUGCCGGCUGCCUUACACCGCGCCCCCCGUCCACCUCAAAGCCGAUAUGGAUGGGCCACUCUCCAACCGGGGUGAGAAGGUAAACGGAGCUGGGUUGGGUUGGGUGGGUCAGAGCCACCUUGCCAGGAACGGCUUCCGCUGAGCAGGCACCGUGCCACUUUGUGGCAGACCCUCUGCCCAGACACUCAGGCCCCCGCUGUGCCCCCGAGGUAGUAGUCCCUCAAGCAGGCGCCAGUGCGCUCAGUGCGCAUGGCCAGCCUCCGCAGCGCGCCCGCCCGUGGCUGCCCUUCUCUUUUUCAGAUUUGUGGAUUUAGUUACUUUGCUCAAACUUGGCGGUCCCGAGGAGGGCUUAUAUCACACACCACCCCGCCUCCCACCAUCUCCCGGGUUUCUCCUACUUCCUCCUUUGUAUUCCUGUCUGUUGGGAGUGAAUAUCCUGAGCUGGUGGGGCCCGGGGACAGCAGGCCAGCCAGUGACCGUGGUCAACUGGUAAGGCCUCCUCUGUGGAACCCGAUCUCUCGUUGUCUCAAGCAUUAGGACUGGACACCCAGAACGGUGCUUGGACAUCGCCCAGUCCAGUGGCUUGAAAGCUUUGUUUUAAGCCCGGGAACCCGUUUGUUUACUCUUUUCCAUAACACAAGAUGCAGAUGAAAGGGGGUGGAGCUGCUCUGGGUGAAACUGCGGAGUGAGUAGGGCCCUCACCUCCGGCUCAGCUCCCAGACACUUCCCAGCGAGCCUUGAAAGCCACUGCUCUCAGACACCCUCUCAUUUUAGAGACGGGGAAAUUGAGGCCCAGGUGGCUCAAGGUCACAGAGCCUGAAUGAGAACUUGUGCCUUGAUGCGUUCACUCAUUCAGCCGACAUUCACUAUGUACUGACGGUGCCCGCGAGCCCCGAGUCAGUUGCCAGGAGCACAGAGAUGAGGAAGGCAUAGUCCCUGCCCUCGAGGAGGCCAACGUUACACCAAAGGGUGAUCAAACUGCGACGCAGAGGCCAAGGGAGCUGGGGGGUGGGGCGCAGCUCGGGAGAGACACAGGAAGGCUUCCUGGACGCAGGCACGUCUGAACCUCAGAGUUCAGCCGGGAAGGCAUGAGCCGCCACGGCUCUCAGGCAACCCAGAGCAAUUCAGUGCUGCUGGCACACAGGCUUGGGAGGAAACAGAGUGAGAGGCGGGGGCCUUGGGCUGCCAGGUGAAGGCUGUGGACCGUGGUGGGCCCUGGAGGCCUCUUUUAGAAGCAUCACUAUAGUGGUCCUCGGAGAGGCAGGGAGCCCCAGGAAUCAUUGGGUGUGCUGGGCCACGGAGGCAGGGCCAGGCCUUCGGGCUGAGUGCAGUCUUCAUGUGCCGCAGCACCAUUUGGGCAGCGUGUAGAGAUGCAGAUUCCCCAGCCUCGCCCCUAGAGAGCUGGUGGGGAGUUCUGGGACGGGACCCCGCGAUCUGCGGGUGUAAUACCCAGCCCCAGUGAUUUUGGCAGGCAGACAGGCGUGGGACGACUCCUCCAGGACAGCCCCUCUUACUCUGCCUCCUAAUUAAACACCUGCUGUGUGCUAGGCUCUGUGCUGGGCUCUGUGCUGGGCUCUGUGCUGGGUACCGUGGGGAAAGUAGAUGGUGCGGAGGUACGGACAGCCCAGUAGGAGCAGUAGGUUUAUAAGUAAAUGGUAGUACAUCUUCAGCCCCACAUCCCGCAGACCCCAGUGGCGGGUGAGCACGCCCCAGGAACGUCCCCUCCGAGAUAGUCAUACAGGAAGGGCUGCUUUCGGUUGAAGCACUUCACACGUGUUGUCUGAUGCCACCCAGUCACCCUGUGGAUAUGAGGAUGGCAUCGUCACGGUAAAGAUGAGGAAACAGAGGCUCAGAGAGGUGACACAAUUUGUCCGGGGAUGCAGCACGUCUGUCAGACUCUGAAGUCCGCCCGGUUCAGUAGUGACCUCCUUCUGUGCCGCACUUUACAGUUUACACAGCGCUCUCUCUGACCUCGCCCUUCACUGUCUCCCUAGGAGGAUGACUAUGGUUGAUGCCAUUUCAUAACUGCAGAAACUGGGUCUCAGUCAGAGCAGCAGCUUGCCCAGGGUCACACAGUGAGCGUGGGUACAGCUGGCCUCCAUCCUAGGACUGCCUGCCUCGGAGCUGCCCCCGUCCUGUGGGAGAGAGUUUGUCCUGUCAGACCUGGCACCGGGACUGCAGAGGCGAGCUGGCGUGGUCCCUGUCCUCAGGGAGGGGGUGGGUGGCUUAGAGCAGGAGGCAGGCAGCCACAUCCCAGCUUGACAGGGCAGUUGCGGUGAGGGAUGCACGUGGCCUUCGAGGAUUCAGAAGAGGGAGUGGCCAGCUCUCGGGAAGAAGCAGGGGACACGAGGAGCCCGUGCGAGGCAAGGAGGCUUGGAGGGACCUGGAUUUGAGGGAUGGUGGGGGGUUUAGUGCGGCUGAGGCCUUGGGUGGGGUUGGAGCUGACAGGGGGUCACAUAAUGAAGGCCUUGCACCUUCAAGCAAGGGGCCUGGGAGCAGCUAUUAUCUGGAGGGGAGAGGGGAGCCUUGCAACAGAUUAGGGCUGGGCUCAGCUCUUGGAGUCGAGCCCUCGUCUCCUGGUUUCUCAGCUAAGCCUGUGGUUAUGUCUGGUUCAGCCUGAAGGAUGAGCCGGUCUGGGGUCUGGCAGCUUUGGUCGUGGAAGUUUUCUGGCCCCUGGGUUUGGCUGCUGAGCCAGAGUUUUUCUCUUGCUGGGCCAUAUCCCCAACUUCGUGUCCAGCGGCUCUGCAGAAAAAUGUCUCCGCCUCCUCCAUGACCUUCCGCCCUCUCACUGCCAGACCUUCCUGCCAGCGGCCAGGGACCUUUUCUGUCCACAUCUUGCCAGCCUGGCGGGCUGUGUGUAUGGCCAGUCAGUGCAGAACGGCAUGGGCUUUUUCUCCCAAGUCCCUCCGGGCCUGAGCCAGCCUAGUGAGGAGGAGACUCAGGGCCCCCUAGAGCAGCCCCCUGAACCCACUCAUCAAGACCAGCACUGGCCUGGCCGGGAGAACAGCGCUGUGGGCAUCUGGGGUAGCACCCUCCGCCUCCACCACAUCAUCAUUUGGCCACACCUGCCUGUGAGCUUCCAGGACCACUUUUUUUUUUUUUUUUUUUGGUACGCGGGCCUUUCAC